AUUCCGGUUCCCGUUCUCCAGUGGAUCUUAUCACAUUAAUGCAUUAACUAACUAACUAUGUUACAGUUAUUAUCAAUGCAUAUCAGAAGUCCGACUCGGUUAUUGACGGCUGAAUAUCCAUCUCCACUUCAGCCUCUUUCUUUCUUUCUUGUCUCCGACUGACUCACUUCCAAACCCCCAGGAAUAUACUCACCAGUACAACAUUUGCACAUUUCUUGAUUGAUCACCAUGACACACUGUCCCAUCCCCCAAGACCAGCUCGACGAGAUCUACAGCUUUGCUAUCGAUCUCGCCCGCAAAGCCGGUGCACUGCUUCUAGAGCGUAUUGACGAGCGCAACGCCGAACCAACUUACAGCGAGAAAGAGAAUGCAGUUGAUCUAGUCACACAGACCGACGAAGAUGUGGAGGCCCUUAUCAAAACCGCCGUUCAAAAGAAAUACCCCUCUCACAAAUUCCUCGGGGAAGAAAGCUACGCCAAAGGCGAGUCCCGACAAUAUUUAAUCGAUGAACAGCCAACAUGGUGUGUUGAUCCGUUGGAUGGAACCGUCAACUUCACCCACGCUUUCCCUAUGUUUUGCGUCUCCAUCGGGUUCGUCGUAAACCAGUACCCGGUCAUCGGCGUUGUUUAUGCGCCCCUCCUUGAUCAAUUGUUCUCAUCCUGUCUCCAUCGUGGCGCCUGGCUCAAUGAAAAACGCCAGCUCCCGCUCAUCCGCAACCCGUCCAUCCCUCCCAUGCCGUCCAAUGCACCGUCCCAGUGCAUUUUCGCGUGCGAGUGGGGCAAAGACCGUCGCGAUAUCCCCGAUGGCAACAUGCACAGGAAGAUUGAGAGCUUUGUAAAUAUGGCUGCGGAGCGCAGCGGGCGGGGUGGUAAGGGCGGCAUGGUCCAUGGCAUGAGAAGCUUAGGGAGUGCGACAAUGGAUUUGGCGUAUACGGCUAUGGGAUCGGUGGAUAUUUGGUGGGAAGGGGGGUGUUGGGAGUGGGAUGUGGCGGCUGGAAUUGCGAUUUUGCUAGAAGCUGGAGGGUUGGUCACGACGGCGAAUCCGCCCGAGGAUAUCAACGCACCGAUUGAACCAGUGCGACUAGGAAGUCGACUGUAUUUGGCUAUUCGACCGGCUGGUCCCUCGGAAACAGAAACAGGACGAGAGUCCCAGGAACGUACGGCACGUGAAGUCUGGCGGAGGGUGCGACAGCUAGAUUAUGUCCGAUAAACUCGUAGAAUCUAUGUAAUGGAUAUCAGACAUAUAUAUAUAUAUAUAUAUAUAUA